AUGCUUCGUCGUGUGCCUUGGGGAGGCAUUUGCCUCCGUGCAUCUCCCCUCGUUGCUUGGAGGGGGGUGACCGCCCGCUACGCCGCCACGAUACCGACCCCCACGUCGCCGGCAAAGAGCGACGACGUGCCAACGGCGGCGCUGGCGGGCGAGAUACCGAGCCUGAGCUUCCUCUCCUCCAAGGCGGUGCUGGCGGAGACGGUGGAUCAAACCAUUGCGGUGUGCGACGCGCUGCUGAAUGAAAUUCCCAAAGUAACUGGCGCAAAGGAGAAGCAUGAUCUCAUUGACUCAACAAGUAACGUUCUGUGUCUUCUGUUGGACCCGUGUGAGUUUGUGCGGCAAAUUCAUCCAGACGAAGAGUACAAGAAGUAUGCGGCCUACGCCUUUCAAAAGGGAUAUGAGUAUAUGAGCAAGGUGAAUUCCCGCCGCGACCUGUACGAUGUUAUCGUUGAAUUAGACAGCCCUGAGGGACGUAGGCAGCUUGAUGAUGAGGAAAUCAAAAACGUCGUGCAGUUAAAACGUGACAUGGAAAGCAAUGGCAUUCACCUGCCCGAUGCGCUCCGGGACAAGGUGACAGAGAUGAACAUUGAGAAGGAGGAUUUGGCGAUGCGCUUCUUGACGGAGCAGGGGUCAAAGAAUCCUUUUGCGACGCUCCGUUACCUCCUGCGCUGUCGCUAUGAGCUUGCACAGCUUCUUGGCUUUGAGAGCUACGCGGAGCAGCAGCUGCGGGGAACAAUGCUGGGGAACCAGCAGCGCGUUUGGCAUUUCCUCUGUGGCGUUGCCCAUAAGUAUCGUCCAGACGCAGAGAAGGAAUUAGGACUCAUUCAACAGAACGUGGGGGAGGUGCGUAAUCGACAGAGCAUUACAGACGAUACUCGGGCCCGCGUGGCGCAUUCGCUGCGCCGCGACGCGGAGCCUGAGAAGGCGGCAGAGUACUUUUCCGUCGCCAAUUGCAUAAGGGGAAUUCAGUGCCUUUGUUCGGAGGUGUUUGGCCUGCGCCUGGAGCAGGUACCGUUUGAGAAGGAGGAAGUGUUUAACCCGGAUGCCAAGAAGUUUUUUGUCUACGAUGAGGACCGGGCCUUCUUGGGCAUUAUUGUUCUGGACAUGUACGCCAACGAGAUGAAGUACUGCCAGGCGGGCCACCUUACUCUGCAGCUGGGCUGCAGGCCCCAUCAAGAGGCUCUCGCACGGGUAGGCCUGAAGCUGCCAGAGCGGCAGUACCCAGUUGUGGUUCUAACGUGUAACGUCGGCUCUGUCACCCCGGCGCAGCGGUUCUCCAACGGCCGGUACGAUGACGAGUCCACCCUCAUGCAUCCAAGCGAAGUCACGACGGUCUUUCACGAGUUUGGCCACGCAAUGCAUACAAUUUUUGGGCAAACGAAAGUGCAGAAUUUGGCUGGCACCCGUGCUAGCAUUGACUUUGUGGAGACCUUUUCGCAGCUCUUUGAGCAAUUUUUAACCUCACACGAGUUUUUGCGGUUGUGGGCGCAUCGAAUCAACACACGGGAGCCCAUUUCCUUCGAUAUGGUGAUGAGGCGGAACGCCGCGGCGGACAUGUUUAAGCAUUUGGACAUGCUCGACCAGGUGGUGCUCUCGGCGGUUGACCAGACGCUUCACGGCCCUCAGCCAUACACGGUGUACUUUCCCCACGGCCAAAACGGCCACCUUGGCAAACGCACCCUGGGCGACAGUAGCGACUACGGCCGCGGCACGUACAACUUAGCGAAGAUUCUCAUCGACGUAUGCACCCCACUCUCGGUUGUAACACCAACGGAGAGUGGCGUGCUUGGCACCCUGUCGUUCGAGCACCUGUCUGGGUACCCCGCCGGCUACUACGGCUACCUCUACAGUCUCUCCGUUGCCCGACGCAUUUGGUCGAAGAAGUUCGAAAAGGACCCUCUUAACCGCACCGCGGGGAGGGAGCUGGUGCAGAAGGUCAUGCGGCACGGUGCGGCGUGCGAUCCCGUGGAGGUCAUUGAGAAGUACUUGGGUGACGAGCUAGACGAAAUUGAAAUCUGGGCAUAA